GCCAUGGUGCUGGUGCUGCAAGCCCUGUUGUCCUGCUUCUGCACCCUGAUCUUCCUGAACCUGCUGCCCAGGGUGGAACCUGCUGUGCCCUUGGAGGACUUCUACCCCUUCGGCCCGGACAAGGGGGACUCCCAGACUGUUGCUCAGGACGACGGAGGCUCUGGACUCCAGGAGAUUUCUGUUGCUUUCCCCUUCUUUGGAGACAGGCACACAGGACUAUAUGUUAACAACAAUGGCCUUGUGUCUUUCCUGAGGGAGGUGUCUCAGUUCACACCUGUAGCUUUUCCAAUUGCUGGGGACAGAAGAGUGGUGGCGCCGUUCUGGGCUGACGUGGACAACCGUCGAGCAGGGAGAGUGUACUACAGAGAGAGCCAGGAUCCCUCCAUCCUGAGGAGGGCCUCGGGUGAUGUCAGGACGUACUUCACAGAGUUCUCCAACUUCAAUGCCACCUGGGUCCUCAUCUCUACAUGGCAUCAAGUCACUUUCUUUGGAGGAAACUCUCAAACACCGGUCAACACAUUCCAAGUGGUGCUCAUCACAGAUGGAGAGCUUUCCUUCACGAUAUUCCAGUACAAUAACGUCACAUGGACGACAGGCAUGCACGCCAGCAGUGGAGGAAAUGUAGCUGGGUUGGGAGGGAUUGCAGCACAGGCAGGUUUUAAUGCUGGUGAUGGCUCACGUUAUUUCAACAUCCCUGGUUCUCGCACCGCCGAUGUGGUAAAUGUCGAGGAGACGACCAACGUGGGCUACCCAGGCAGAUGGGUCUUCCGCAUAGAUGACGCUCAUGUCGAAGUGGGUGGCUGCAAUAACUCCGCUUUGGUGUGCCCGCACCUGCGUCCGUGCCUGAACGGAGGCCAGUGCAUUGAUGACUGUAUCACAGGCAACCCCUCCUUCACUUGCUCCUGCUUGGCUGGCUUCACCGGUCGACGAUGCCAGAUCGAUGUCGAUGAGUGUGCUUCAAAUCCAUGCCAGAAUGGAGGAACUUGUAAAGAUCAGAUUAAUAGUUUCAUCUGUGAGUGUCCUCCAGGGUACACGGGGAUUCACUGUGAAACAGACAUUGACGAGUGUGAAGACAGGCCAUGUUUUAACAACGCGUCGUGUGUACAAGGCACCGGCAGUUUCACCUGUGUGUGUGAGCCGGGUUACACUGGUGUCCUGUGUGAGACAGACAUAAAUGACUGUGAAUCGCAGCCCUGUCUGAAUGGAGGAGAAUGCAUCGAUCAGCUGACCAACUUCACCUGUGUGUGUCCGGCUGCUUUCACAGGAGUGUUCUGCGAAACAGAGCUGGUGAUGCCACAAGUCAAUUUCACAGACGCAGACAACCAAACAGAUGAAUGUCCUUGCCAGAAUGGGGGUGUCUGUGUGGACAUCACUGGACGCUGUGAAUGUCCUGCUGGCUACACAGGAGCAAACUGUCAGCUCGAAGUGACUCUGCUGCCAUGCAGUAACAGCAGACCGUGUCCUGAUGGAAGUCCAUGUUUGGAGUAUGGAGGGACAUAUCUGUGUACAUGUCAGACUGGAAUAGAGUACGAUCACAAAGACCUUUAUCCCUAUGUACAGCCCCAGUCGGUCUGCGACUCCUCUCCCUGUCUGAAUGGAGGAUAUUGCUACGAACGGGACGGAGGCUACACCUGCGAAUGCAGAUACGGAUACUGGGGGAAGCAUUGUGAAAAAGUUAGACUCAAUACCUGCGCUUCUAGCCCUUGCCGCAAUGGAGGCUCCUGCAAGGAAGAGGCAGGGGGCUACAGAUGUGUGUGUCCUUACAGAUUCACUGGAAAACACUGCGAAGUGGGGAAGCCAGACCCCUGUGCCUCCAGUCCGUGUCUGAAUGGUGGGACAUGUUUUCACUACAAAGGAAAAUAUAAAUGUGAAUGCACUGAGACCUACAGCGGCAAGGACUGUCAAACAAGCUCGGUGCGUACCCCUGCAGAGCUGGGCUGUAGGCCGCCCCCACACGUCAAGCACGCCGAGGUCCAGUUUUCCUCAACAACACCAGGCUCCGUGGCAGUGUAUAUAUGCCAUUCAGGCUUCACGUCUGUGCCUAGAGCUACUCAGAGCAUCUGUGGCAUCCAGGGAGCCUGGAGCCAGCCACCCGUUUGUGAGGAGAUCAAUGAGUGUUUAUCACAGCCUUGCCUUAAUGGAGGUACUUGUCAAAAUAAGAUUGGAUCCUAUCAGUGUGUGUGUAAGGAGGGCUUCAGUGGAAACCGCUGUCAGAUAGACAUAAAUGAAUGCCUGUCAGAACCAUGUAUGAACAGGGGCACAUGUGAGGACGGACCUGGCUCCUACCUUUGUCACUGUCAGCAAGGAUUCAAAGGCCAGAACUGUGAAAUAGAGCAGGACGGGUGUGAGUCCAGCCCCUGCCUAAACGGAGGUGUGUGUCGGGGUUACAGAUGGAAUUAUGUGUGUGUGUGUAAAGAUGGUUACUUUGGGGAGCAGUGCCAGAUGUUGGAGGAUCCCUGUGUGCUAAAACCUUGUGGAAACCGUGGCCACUGCUGGAGUGACAAGAGGGGAAACUACAACUGCGUCUGCAAAGUGGGCCUCACAGGCAAAGACUGCGAUAAAGACCUGUUGCCUCCGCAUGGUCUCCAUGUGCUGCGAGUGGAGGAGAGCGAGGUGGAGCUGCGCUGGGAUGAGCCGGAGCCUUCGCAGAGUCUGAUCAGCAUGUUUGCUGUCACCUAUGCCCCCCUGGGUCAGAGCAAUCUCAAAACAGACUACCUGGACAAGCAGCGGUCCACCCACCUUAUGCGAGGCCUAGUGCCUGGCCUGCUGUACAACAUUUCCACGUACUCCAUCAAGCUCAAAACCAACGGCAACGACACGAGCCAACCUGCCACUGCUCUAAUUCGCACCAGACCACAACGGGUGGAGCAGCUGCAGGUGGUUAACGUGUCCUCCUCUCAUGUUUGGUUGAGUUGGCUGGUUCAAGCUGCUCGUCAUGCAGCAGUCAACAGGGUGCACGUGUCUUUACUGCCUUCAGAUGGGAGUAAGGCUCGCACUGCUGUACUCAACACGAGCACCGCUGAGUACACCUUCAGUUCAUUACAGCCCAGUCAGAUGUACACUGUGGAUGUAGUCACUCAAAGUGGAAUCAGACCAGACGAGUUUCCUUCCACCAGCCACUCAGCUGGACCGCUGCAGUUCUGGACAAGGCCUCUUUCCCCACAGAACCUCUCACUGCUACACGUGACCCAAAAUUCAGCUCUGAUCACCUGGACUCACCACCCAAGAAACAUCCCAGAUGGCUAUGUGAUCAACAUUACCCGAGGGCUGAAUACUCGGAGUCGCUUCCUGCCCAACGGGAAAUUAGGAUCAUAUACCCUCCGUGAGCUGACGCCGGGACAGAACUACCAUGUGGCUCUUACAUCUGUCAAAAACACAGGGCAGGAACAGAUCCACAGCUCACCGCAACACUUAGCAUUCACUACCUUACCAAUGCAGGUCAGACCAGGGAGGAGAGAAAGGCCAACAGUGACCGGACAGGGGACUCAGAGUGGACGUGUGCUUCUUCCAUCACCACCGCAAGAUCUGGGAGGUGCAACAGAAACUGAAAACUCAGAGGAAUUACUCAGGUACACAGAACUGGUUGACAGAAGGGGAAGAAUAACGGCUAAGUUCUCUCACUUGCCUCGUAAAGCCAUUCGACAUCGUGCUAAACCUGAUCCACCAAUCAGAUUAGAGAAGAUGGAAGAAACAACAAACAAAAUAAGCCUGGCACUAGAGAUCCAAGAAGAAGGUUUAAGAACAAAGCCUGAGCCGCCUCAGGACUGCCGCAGUCUGUCCUGUCAGAACGGAGGUACAUGUGUAAACGGAGGCGACGCCUUCAUCUGCAGCUGCGCAGCAGGGUUCAAGGGCAGACUGUGUGAACUGUUGUGCCAGCGGGUGGCACAUCCAUGUACCCGACUCUACUCUGAAACCAAGAGUACGCCGGUCUGGGAGGGUGGAGUAUGUCACUACCUGUACAAAAGGACGUAUAAAGUACAGCAGGACAUUUGUUAUCGGGAGGUUUGUGAGCUGGCACCGUCUAAGAAAAUUCAGACCAGAAGAACAAACAGACAUCAAUAGAGCACCUGGAUGCUGAUGAAGAGGAUGUCAUCAUCAGCAUGUGAAAAACCUCCUAACUUUAAUUUUGGUGUAUAUAAUCUACUUGAAGUAUCCGAUUAUGGUCCUUUUUGUGCUGAGAAACCCUGUCAGAGCCCACUGUAACAUGUCAGAAACAAACUGAAAAGGCUGCAGCUUCAGAGUUUUGUUUGAAUCACAGCAUCUUUUGUAAUGUUCGCUGUUUGAUUUUUUCAUACAAACACAAAAAAUAUGCAAACACUACAUGUAAGCAGCUUCAAAGACCUUAUAUACCUCACGUUCAUGUCCACGCUGACACAUCAGGAGAGAGGUUUUUGUGGUUCAGCUGCAGGUUUGUCCCUCAGGGAAAUAACUAUAGAAUGUUAAGUCCUGAUUUCUUCCUUUUACCACCCACUCCAUCUCCUUAUACACUCAACUGGAAAUAUAGGCCAUACAUUGAUCCCCUCCUCUGACAACACUGCUUUCUGUGUAAAAUAUUUUACUCUGUCUUAGCAGGCAUCAUUGCUUGCUAUUGUGUAAAUAGUGUUUAUAUAGGCCAUUUUGUAGGUGAAUAUUUUAAUAAUAAAAAU